CAAAGACUGUCAACCACUGUCAAUUGGUUGUCAUAGAAGGUGCAGACGAUAUUUUUCCCGUGAUAUUUUAGUUUUUUUGUUUGUAUAUUUCCUUAACCGUAGUAGUGUUUCGAAGCUGUAGUUUCUAUUCCCAUAGUUUGAUGUUGGUUUGAAGAUUUCUGAUGAUCCUAUCGUGUGUUGGCUUCCCCGAGGAGGAGUUCAAGAAAAUUGUGUAGCAAACGUGUCAUAACUUUAAAGUUAUUUCAUCCGAUGAGCUUAGUAAAGAGACUCCAAUUGUUUUGCAUUCCGUUUAUAAAUUAGUAUAUAUUCACAUGGGUGAUGGCUUGGCAGACGGAUACACGUACUGAUGAGAAUAGCUUCAUGCUGAGGUUGAAGAUAGUAGGAGCUUAUUCACUAGCGAAGAAGGACAUAUUUGGUGCUAGCGACCCCUACGUCCGGGUGGAACUUCAGAAGGUUGACAGCGACUUCACGUUCGAGACAUUUCUGACGAAAACUAAGAAAAGGACAUUAAACCCGGUAUGGAACCAGGAGUUCGUAUUCCGGGUGAAGCCUCAAGAGCAGAAGCUGCUGAUCCAGGUGUUCGACGAGAACCGCCUCACCCGGGACGACUUCCUAGGGAUGGUGGAGCUGGCGCUGGCCGGCGUGCCCUCGGAGAGCGCCACCAGCCCGCGACCGGCCAGCGUCAAAUACCCCCUGCGUCCGCGCAGGUCCGUCGCUCGGUCCCGUGUCCGCGGGUCCCUGGAGGUGUACUGUGCUCUGACUGGGCGAGUCGAUGAGCGAGCGUCGGAAAACGAACCCGCGCCGCCAGCUAUCAACACGAGCGACUCAAACGCAGCAAGUUUGGAUGAAGAUUCAGUGACAGUACCGUCGCCAACCGGAGACGACUGGGAGUUGGUGGACGCACCAAACAAUGUGUCAGGGGAGCCGCUGCCCGCGGGCUGGGAGGAGCGCCAGGACGCUAACGGCCGUACUUACUAUGUGAACCACGUGGCCAGGUCCACGCAAUGGGAGAGGCCUACGUUGAUGCGUAAUAUGUCAACGGAGUCACAAGCUGAGCGUAUGGAAACAGCAGCCACUGAGUUCCAAAGACGUUUCCAUAUCUCGGCUGAUGAAGACCGGCCUCCAGCGAGACAGGCACAGGAGGAAUCGAAUGAUAGACAGCCGGACAAUCCUACCGAGCACACGGCCCACGCUUCACCGAUACUAUCAUCUGAGAUCAGUCAGGAAUCGACACAGGACGCGACACAGCACGCGACACAGGACGCGACGCAGGACGCGACACAGGAAGCGACACAGGAAGCAACACAGGACGCGACACAGGAAGUGACACAGGACGCUUCGCAAUCAGAAGACGGUGCACAAGCGUCCACAUCAGAAACAACUCAAGAACCUGUACAGGAUAAUAUAACGAAAAACUGUGAUACUAAUUUAAGAGACAACAAAGAAAACGACGACGUCUGUCAAAAUGACGCGACAGGCGGAGGUGAUGAAGUGGACAAUGCUCAAGAAGAUAAUAAUAAUGCUAGUCAAGAAAUUAUAGAGAUACAAGUGGCUGGGGACGUGGAUGUAGACGGGGAAGGGGGGAUCAACGAUACGGAAUCAAAUGGCGUUGUAGACGAUGACGCGAGAACAGAGAUCGAGGAAAUCACUUUUGGGAGAGAGAGAACGCUCACAGACGAGACUGGGGGCUCCACGGAAUCUUUGACUUUUGAUGAGAACCAUUUCAGCACGCCCACGGGAGGCAUCACGCCGGAGAGACGGAUGUCCCCGUCACGACGGCGGACGACGAACUCGCUGACGGAGUCGGAGGAUGAAACCGACGGAUCCUCGGAGAGCACUCGAAGCACCAGCUCCAGCAGCAGCCAGAGCCAGAACCUACCAAACAGCGACGGUCUGCCGUCCGGCUGGAGUAUGCAGCGAGCUCCGAAUGGAAGAAUAUUCUUCAUAGAUCACAACCAGAAAACUACAACAUGGAUCGAUCCCAGAACAGGUUGCGCGUCCAGCCUGCCCUCAGCCGCGGCGAGCGCGGAGGUGGACACGGACGAGUUGGGCGCCCUGCCCGAGGGUUGGGAGGAGAGAGUCCACACUGAUGGAAGGAUCUUCUUCAUAGACCACAACACUCGCACGACCCAGUGGGAGGACCCUCGGCUGUCCAACCCUCAGAUCGCGGGUCCGGCCGUGCCUUACUCCAGGGACUACAAACGGAAAUACGAGUACCUCAAGAGUCAGCUGCGGAAACCUAGCAACGUGCCCAACAAGUUCGAGAUCAAGGUCCGGCGGAACUCGAUCCUGGAGGACUCGUACAGGAUCAUCAGCUCCGUCAGCCGCAUCGACCUGCUCAAGACCAAGCUGUGGGUGGAGUUCGAGUCCGAGGUCGGCCUAGACUACGGCGGUCUCGCGCGCGAGUGGUUCUUCCUGCUGUCCAAGGAGAUGUUCAACCCCUACUACGGCCUGUUCGAGUACUCCGCCAUGGACAACUACACGCUCCAGAUAAACCCGAACAGCGGCGUCUGCAACGAGGAGCAUCUCAGCUACUUCAAGUUCAUAGGCCGAGUCGCCGGCAUGGCCGUCUACCACGGGAAGCUGUUGGACGCUUUCUUCAUCCGUCCGUUCUACAAGAUGAUGGUGGGGAAGACGAUCGAGCUGCAGGACAUGGAGUCCGUGGACCUGGAGUACUACAACUCGCUCGUGUGGAUCAAGGAGAACGAUCCGUCCGAACUGUAUCUGACGUUCGCCGUGGACGAGGAGCAGUUCGGGAACACCAUCCAGAGGGAGCUGAAGCCGGGCGGCGCCAACAUAGCGGUGGACGAGGACAACAAGGACGAGUACAUCAAGCUGGUGAUCCAGUGGCGGUUCGUGAGUCGCGUGCAGGAGCAGAUGUUCGCGUUCCUGGAGGGGCUGGGGGCGCUGGUGCCGUUGCCGCUGCUGAAGAUCUUCGACGAGCACGAGCUGGAGCUGCUGCUGUGCGGCAUCCAGCACAUCGACGUCCGCGACUGGCGCGCCAACACGCUCUACAAGGGCGACUAUCACGCCAACCACCUCGUGGUGCAGUGGUUCUGGAGGGUGGUGUUGUCUUUCUCCAACGAGAUGAGAUCCCGUCUGCUGCAGUUCGUGACGGGCACCUCGCGCGUGCCCAUGAACGGGUUCAAGGAACUGUACGGCUCCAACGGCCCGCAGCUGUUCACCAUCGAAAAGUGGGGCGGACCCGACAACUACCCUCGGGCGCACACCUGCUUCAACCGCAUCGACCUGCCCCCGUACGAGAGCUACAUGCAGUUGAGGGAGAAGCUGGUGAAGGCUAUUGAGGGCUCCCAGGGCUUCGCUGGGGUCGACUGAGGGCACUGCGGCCUGCUGUAAGGGGCUCCUCGGACCCCCGGGACCCGCCGGACCCCGCGCCGGGCCCGCCAUGGAUACUUACAUUCCUUCGUGAAAAUACUACUGACUUUACAUGAACCGGUCGAUACAAACAGCCGUCACGGGACUGUCAAUCAUCUAUACUACAGGAAUAUAACGUGUUUCAACACGCGGGGUGUUAGGAAAUUAAAUGGUUCCCGUUCGAAACUACACCAUUAGCUCCUGGCUCGCGGGUGUUCCUCACCGUGUACUCACGCCCCACAUCACGAACUCUGCGAGCAGUGCCAUCUCUCCAUACACUUGUGAACUAAAUCGGCAAAUAACUCCAACAGAUUAUAUAUUUUAAAUUAUGAAUGUAUAUAUAUGUGUGUAUAUAACACCUGCUUAUGCUGCGAGGCCGCGCGUCCGCCAUGACCGCGCCGAGUGUCGCCUCGAGGCCUGCCUUAAGCAUUUUGUGAUUUUUCGAUUCAAUUAUAUAUUUAAGGUGACGGCGGAGGCCCCGCCCCCGACCCCGACCCCGACUAGUACAUACGAUAGUAUUUCGAUCGGCUUGAAGCGGGCGGAGUCGGCGGGCUGUAUAUAGUUUGUAAGGAGGUGUAGGUCGUCGCUGAUGUACAGUUUCGUCCAUUAAAUGGCUCCAGCGACGUCCCGCGCCGUAUUUAUUUUCAUAGUAUUCAGUUUUUCUUUGUAUCGAGGUUACUUAACUAUUCCUCGCUAGUGAUGUAUAUCGGACAGCGGAUGUUUCGUCACGUGUAUCGGCCUCGUGCGUUACAUGUACAGGCGGCGGCGGUGUAUCUGGCAACAAUGGAACAUGAGUUCUCUUCAUCUCUCUGAGACUCGUCCCACCCACCCGUUCUGUUUUUCAGUCCACGUUCGUUUGUAAUAUUAAUUAAUUUUACUAUGUUCUUAGUAUUAUUUGUAGUUUUUAUAAUGAUAUGAAUCCUGAGCCGCGUCCGAUGUUUUUGGUGACUGUAAUGUUUGAGCUAUAUCGUUUGUUACGAACGUGAGGUCGGAGAGACGUACAUACACAUAUUAUGAAAUAUUGCAAAUAAAUACAAAUGCAUCGUUGAAAA